AUGGAGAACCUGGAAGGGACAAACCAGACCCUGAACCACAGUGAGACCGCAGACCUGACCCAGCGCAGCCCCACGAUGGACGCUUGGAGCAUGGCCUUUCUAGUGCUCCAGGUCCUGACCCUGCUCACCUGCGUGUGUGGGAUGGUGGGCAAUGGUGUGGUCAUCUGGCUGCUGGGCUUCCGCGGGCAGAGGAACCCCUUCUCUGUCUACGUCCUCAACCUGGCGGUGGCUGACUUCCUCUUCCUCCUCUGCCUGUUCAUUAAGGAAUAUGCAGAAUAUUUCCACCUGAACUGGGUAAUAAUUGCUGCCUUCAGCAGUGUGAAGAUAUUUGCAUACAUUACCAGCCUGAGCUUCUUGACCACCAUCAGCGUCCAGCGCUGUCUGUCUGUCCUCUUCCCCAUCUGGUACAAGGUCCGCAGACCCCGACACCUGUCCACCGUGGUGUGCACCCUGGUCUGGGGGCUGAAUCUCCUGACCCUGAGAAGACCCCGCGUGUGGCGCCGGCGAUCCUCCAGGCUGUGUGUGAUCAUCCUGGUCUCAGUCCUGGUGUUUGUGGUCUGUUCUCUGCCCUAUGGCAUCUACUGGACGCUCAGGAUCAGGUUCCCAAUACUGUCUCCUUGGUAUAAUGCUGUGUUAUAUUACUUGAUCCAAUGCACCUCAGCCCUGGGCAGCAGUGCCAACCCCGUCAUCUACUUCCUGGUGGGAAGUGAAAGUGGAAAUAGCCUGUGGGACCCUCUGACAGCCAUACUGAGCAGGGCAUUGCAGGAGGACCCUGAGUUGGGGAGAAAAGAGAUGUCCCCCGCAAGUACCAAUGACAUAGGAACUGAGAGCCAGGAACCCAUGGGUUCUGCACAAUUGAGCCCGUCCCUGGAUUAG